AUGUUCUGGGCCCCCGGCAAAGGAAAACGUCGCAAGAUCGGACCUGGCAGCGUCCUCCUCGUCCACGGGGCUAAGGACGUUGCAGGCCUCAUUGAUGGGGCUGUGGAGCUGGUAGGGCCGGGCGCUUUUAAAACCCGACCCACGACUAGUGACACGUUCCUCAUUGAGGCCCCAUUAGAAGAAGUCAGAAGCAAGCUGGCGGACUACUUUGUGGAGGGGCUGUCGGGUCCGGUCCAGCCGGAGGAGCCUGGCUUUCGCGCUACUAUCAAGGGCCUCCACCGCGACCUAGCCCCUAACUGGGUUAGUAACAAACUCGAGGGCAUGGGCUUUCGCCCAAAAACAGUGGUGCGAGCGGUGGGGGCGGUGAGCGGAGAGCCGUUGAACGUCUUCAGGGUCGAGCUGGAACCAAGAAAGGGAAACCAAGACCUAGUCAAGAUCACCGAGAUUGGCACCUUCCCGGUGAAGGUCGAACCCCAGGGCCGGGCACGGGGCAUCAUCCAAUGCUUUAGGUGCCAAAAAUUUGGGCACAAACAGAUUGAAUGCACACAACCGGAAUUCACAUGCUUUAAGUGUGCCGGAACACACAAGUACAUAGACUGUCCGAAGCCGAGGUCGGUGGAGGGUAAGUGCGCCAACUGCGGAGGUAACCACAUUGCCGCUUUUAUGGGGUGCAGCAGUUACAAGGAAGCCAUACGAAAUCUGAGCCAUGUGGCGAUCCCAGUGAGAAAGAAACGCGCACUGCGCACCCUGGGCCUCGCUACAGGACCAAGGCUCGAUCGCCCCAUGCCGGACGAUGGCACACAAGGCCCUGAUGAGGCUGUAACUGCUGCACCUGGGGCUGGCGCGCUUCCUGCCACUGGCCUUCGGGAGGAGGAUUGGCUGAUGGCAGUUACACAAGAGGAUUUUGACCUUUAA